AUGUUUGAUUGUAAACCGCAUUACAUCAAUAUACUUCCCCACUUCAAUGGGAGGUCUAAUGAUGAGUCGUAUACGCAUUUGGCGGAAUUCUCGUCCAUUUGUAACACUAUCGGGGGGCACAACUUCGCAUUAGAGGAGGUCAAGCUUAGUUUGUUCCAAUUUUCGUUGAAAGACAAAGCAAAACAAUGGUUUCUCACACUUCCGGCGAAUAGCAUCCGGACAUGGGGUGAAAUGCAGCAAGCCUUUUUAGACGAGUAUUAUUCAAUGGCGAAGACCGACGAUGCUAGGGAUGAAAUAAGGUCGUUUCGGCAACUAUCGAGUGAACCGUUACAUGAAGCGUUCACUCGAUUUAAAGAAUUGAUGCGGAGAUGCCCACAUCACCAAAUAGAAAAGUGGGAAUUGGUGAAGUGUUUUGUACGUGGGUUGGAUGACAUGACAUGGAAUCGCCUCGAGUCGACGAGCAACGGGACUCUUUUGAGCAAUCAUGAAGAUGACGAUUGGGAAUUUUUGGAGCGGAUGAGUAAACGGUCAAAAGAGAAGGAAUCGGCCGAUCGAGCUAAGAAACAUCCCAUUUUCCGGUCACUUCCCGAUCUUGAUUCUAAGGAUCGAAUUUCUACCUUAGAACGGGAAAUGGCUCGCAUGAAGAAGAAGGAAGUGAACGCGGUACACUUUGCGGUGUGUGAAGAGUGUGGAGAUAUUGGGCAUAGCACCGAGCAAUGCCCAACGGGAUCGAGAGGUCAAGGUGGGUCAUCGUACAAUAAUCAUCAAGGUGGUAACCAAUGGGGUUACCAAAGGAAUUACAACCAAGGUGGUAACCAAGGAUAUCAAAACCGUGAAGGCAACUAUCAACGGGGUUACAACCAAGGUGGGAAUGGGGGUGGUGCAUCUAACUCCCAAGGUGAUGAUUCGAUUAAUUCGAAACUAGAUGCUAUCAUGAAUACUAUGAGCACUCUUACCAACUCACAUCAAGCUCUCAUGAAUUCAAAUCAAGAAAUUAAAACUGAAAUGCGGAAAGAGUUUGAAGUGAGGGAUAAAUCCCAAAAGGCAUUAGAGAAGCAAGUAGGCCAACUUGCGGAGGAAAUGGCUCAAGUGAGAGGAAGCUCGGGAAAGCUUCCAAGUGACACAACUGUGAACCCGAAGCAUCAAGGUUUUAGCACAAGCAACGUGAGGAAUGCACGCGUUAGCGCGGUAAGUAUUCUUUUAAAUGAUGAAGUUUGUAGUGUUGAAAGCAUUCCACCACCACAAUUCGUUGAUGCUGUAGUGGAAAAUAUAGGUGAGGAGCCGGAAAGUGAAAAUGAACACGAAACGAUUUCACAAAGUAAAAGUGAAAACGUAACUAAAAAUUCUUUUUGUGAAAAUUGUUUAACUCAACUUAACCCACUUAAUGCAUCGAAAAGUGAAGAACGGUGCCCACCAAAGGACGAGGGGUGGGAAAAUUUUAAGCAAGCUAAAAUUAAUUUACCGUUACUAGAUGACAUUAAAAAGGUUUCGGCUCAUGUGGAAUGCUUAAAGGAGUUAAGCAUCGAAAAACGGCACAACAAAUUACCCAACCCGGUUUAUUUGAUAUCUCAUGUGAAUGUCGUUUUAUCGAGUGCCCUUCCCCCCAAAAGCUCAAGAUCCGGGAGAUCCUCUUAUUCCAAUUCAAAUUGGAACAUUUAA